AACAGGGAAGACUGGAGAAAAGGUUAGGUCAAGGCUAAAACCUCCAGCAGAUAAAGGGACUCAGUGAUGAGAUUAAAGCAAAGCACCUGCAAUCAGCUCAGCUUUGGAGGCACCAGCCUUCUUACCACAACAGAACAGCACCAUGGCCAUGGCCUUCCUCUCCCAUCUGGAUCAUCAGGAAAGCCUCCAAACACUCUCUGUUUUGCGGUGGAUCCCAGUCUAUGUCUUUUUAGGAGCUAUUCCUAUUCUUCUUCUACCCUACCUUCUGGUGUUCGCUAAGUUCGGGAUGCUGUCUGUGCUCGCCUUAGCCUGGCUCGCCUAUGACUGGAACACCCACAGUCAAGGUGGUAGGCGUUCAACUUGGGUACGAAACUGGACCCUCUGGAAGUAUUCAAAUUACUUCCCAGUAAAGCUGGUGAAGACUCAUGACCUCUGUCACAAACACAACUAUAUCAUUGCCAACCACCCGCAUAGCAUUCUCUCUUAUGGUGUCUUCAUCAUCUUUCCCACUGAGGCCACUGGCUUUGCUUGGAUUUUCCCAGCCAUCACUCCUUAUGUAGGGACCUUGGAAGGGAUCUUCUGGAUCCCAAUUGUGUGAGAUUAUGUGAUGUCAAUGGGUGUGGGCCCAGUGAGUGAGUUGGCCUUGAAGUAUUUGCUGACCAAGAAAGGUUCGGGCAAUGCUGUGGUUAUUGUGGUGGGUGGAGCUGCUGAAGCCCUCUUGUGCCACCCAGGAGCCUCUACCAUCCUCCUUAAACAGCGUAAAGGUUUUGUGAUGUUGGCACUGAAGACAGGAUCAUACCUUGUCCCCUCCUAUUCCUUUGGAGAGAAUGAGGUUCACAAUCAAGAGACCUUCCCUGAGGGCACGUGGCUAAGGUUCUUCCAAAAAACCUUGCAGGACAGAAUAAAAAAAACCUUGAGACUAAGUUUCGGUACCUUCCACGGCCGGGGCCUCACUCGAGGAUCCUGGGGCUUCCUGCCUUUCAAUCGGCCCAUUACCACUGUUGAUAAGUUUUCCAGCAUCUUUGGACCACUCUGGUCCUUGAUUCCCCCCACCCAGGUCAUCCCUCAAGUCUCAGGGGACCCGGCACACAGCUGGGAAAGGCAAUGGGAAUUCCAGUGGCUGCGGUUGAGGGCAGGGUGGGGAGGACAACUAAACAGACCAGAGUUGUGGCCAUUCACGGGAGGGACACAGUUCAGCAGCUGCCAUGAGGGCAUCAUUAUUCGCAUACAUUCCUUCAUUGGGGAGCCCCUGCCAAUUCCCAAGAUUAAGAAGCCAAACAAAAAGACGGUGGACAAGUACCACACACUCUACAUCAGCGCCCUGUGCAAGCUGUUUGACAAAGUACAGUAUGGCCUCCCUGAGACCCAGGAGCUGACAAUCAUAUAAUAGGAGCUGGAUUUCCCCAUUAUUGAACCCCCAAAGCAUUAAGGAAUCCAAGUAGGGCCACAUGGAAAGAAGAAUCUGGGGAGAGGGGGAGAUCUCAGGGUUG